AUCGAGGACGGUCGAUAUUUUCCACUGGUCGAUUUUCCCUCCCGCAGGGAAGAUAAGCGGGAGAGUUUUAGUUAUAAAUGAUUAAAUGUUUGAGAUGUUUGUUAGGUGUGUAGAUAACACGGCUGUGGUGAUUUAAAGUUAAAGUGUGUCUGUAAUGUACAUUUUUUAUAUACAUACUGUGGUUAUUGAUCGACGUCCUGAUAAACGCUGGGCAUCACCGCGGCGCCUUCGCGCGUGAUUCGUGUCGGUAUCGGGAUGAGCGCCGAGGUUCCGGUGGGUCUCACGGAUCUUCUGAUGGGUUUCACGCUGGAGGUUCUGAAGCAGAGACCCACAGAUCUGCUCGAGUUCGCCGUUCAGCACUUCACGCGCUUGCGGGAGCGGCGGAGCCCCGUGCGCGCCUCUGGCCGCUCUCCGGUGACCCGUGGCGACGCGUUUGACCGCGGAUCCGCCGCGACAGACUCGACUGAGGACGAUGAUGAUGAUGAAGAAGAUGCUUUCCCAGAGGACUUCACCUUUAAACCACCUCCUGCUAGUAAAUGCAACAGAAGAGUUUCAGUGUGUGCAGAGGCUUAUAACCCAGAUGAAGAUGAAGAUGAUGGGGUCGAGUCGAGGGUCGUUCACCCUAAAACUGAAGAGCAGCGCUGUCGACUUCAGGACGCCUGCAGAGAAACACUGCUGUUUAAAACACUGGAGCAGGAUCAGUUUAAUGAGGUGUUAGACAGCAUGUUUGAAGUGCUGGUGAAACCUCACGAGUGCAUCAUAAAUCAAGGGGAUGAUGGUGAUAAUUUUUAUGUUAUUGAAAGGGGUGUGUUUGAUAUAAUGAUAGAGAAGGAUGGAGUGAUUCGCUGUGUGGGUCAAUAUGAAAAUAAAGGAAGCUUUGGUGAACUUGCUCUAAUGUAUAACACACCUCGAGCGGCCACUAUCAUUGCCACACAGGACGGAGCGCUGUGGGCUUUGGACAGGGUCACGUUUCACAGACUCAUUGUGAAAACUAAUGCCAAGAAGAGGAGAAUGUAUGAGAGUUUUAUUGAGAGUGUGCCGCUGUUAAGGUCUCUCCAGUUAUCUGAACGAAUGAAACUUGUUGAUGUUUUGGGGAUGAAAUCCUUUAAAAACAGAGAACAGAUCAUAAAACAGGGUGAUGAAGCCGACUGCUUCUAUAUUGUGGAGUCUGGGGAAGUUAAAAUUAUGAUUAAGAGCAAAACUAAAGCAGGCCAGCGGGUGAAUGAGGAGGUAGAGAUCGCCCGCUGCACUACAGGACAGUAUUUCGGGGAACUGGCGCUGGUCACAAACAAACCCAGAGCUGCUUCUGUGUAUGCAUUAGGAGAGACCAGGUGUUUAGUGAUUGAUGUGCAAGCGUUUGAGCGUCUCUUGGGUUCGUGUAAGGAGAUUCUGAAGAGGAACAUCAGUCACUAUGAGCAACAGCUGGUGGCUCUCUUCGGCUCCAGUGAUGAUCUUAAACAUUAAUAAACUUCACCACCUGUAGAACGAACAAACCACUUAAAAACAUAGGUCUGUGUCCAGAUCCUGUCUCAAGAUGCACUUACUAUAGGGCAAUGCACUGUACCUGGACAAACAUUAACCGUUUCAAAGGUAUAACCACAAGAUUAAAACACUAUGGGGCGGUUUCCCGGACAGGGAUUAGACUAGUCCUAGACUUAAACACUUUUAAGAGCUCUCCAAACUGAAAAUAACUUGCACUGACAUAUCUUAAAAUACAUCAGUGCCCUUUGUUUUACCUCAAAAUGCACACAGGUAAUGUUUUUAGUAAGGCAUGUUUGUUAAAACUAGUUAUAUUUCCUAAUUAAACUAAGGCCUAGUCCUGGAUUAAGCUAAUCCUGGUCCGGGAAACCGCCCCAUAGUCCUCAAAUCACUUACUAACCUGAAUGUGUAUCAAAUCCACUGGUCAACCAGAUCACUUUAAAUGGGUGUGAAAUAUAAGCGCUAACUAGCCAUACAGUGCUGAUUAAAUAAUAAAGAAGAAUUACAUCAGUAACCCUAGACUACAGAACAUUUAACAGCCAAAGACUUAAACAAAAAAUAUUGAGACACUUCAGUUUUUUUAGCCCUUGGCACAUUUUGGCUCAUAGAUCACCAUUUCAAGCACAUUACUAAUUUUUUGUAUAAAAAAAACGAACCUUCCUUCAUAUGUCCUUGCAUUACCCGCAGUAG